UUCUCCACCUCUAAGAUGUACCUGUACCGUCACAAAAAUAAAGCGAAUCGGACGUGAUUGCGGAUAAAAUUUUUGUUUUUGCACUUGCUUGAAAAAUCCGCCUGCCCGUCAAAAACCGAUUAAAGCCACACUUUUCCGUCUACGCCGCAAUUGUGCAACGAAAAUACGUAUAUCAAGCAGUAGAAACGCACUGAAAAUGGGCACAACUCGCACUCCCCAAUCGAAAGUGGAAUUUGUGUGAUGUCAUUUGGACGGUGUUUCUCUGCUUUCGAGUCAAUUGAAACCACUUCCUGCGCUGCUGCUGCCGAUUUUUAGCUGCCAACUGUUUUAAGCGCCGCUGUGCUUGCGUGAGUGUGUGCGGGUGUGUAGGAGUGUGUGUAGGAACGAGUGCUGGAGCUGGAGUGCACCACUGCUGGAAUUUACAUACAUACCAAUUAUUUAUUAGCUGUGCAGAAUAAUUUGCUAGUAAAAGCUCACGGAUAACGGAUAAUUGGCCAUUAAGUGCCACACACUUGUUCGUUGCUUUUCUUUCGAAGAACACCACACAAUUCCGUUUCGCACAAAAAACUAAAAAACGAAAAAAAGAGAAAAGGUGAAACGCAACGCACACCAGCGCACACCAUCGCGGAGCGGAGUUGUCAUGUGUGUGUGUGUCAGUGCGGUGGCUCCCCUCCCCCCAAAAUAAGAAGAACUCGUCCGGCAUAAACAAAAACACAAAAAAAGGAAACACCUUUAUCGAUUUCCCUCCAAAAAAAAAAACGAAAAAAAAACCUUGCAAGAUACCACGAUUCCGCCCAGGAAGACAGCAAUAAGCAUCUAUAAACAGCACCUGCCACGCCCCCACGGCGGCUGAACCGUCCAUCCUCCUCCCCCCCCCGCACUGCCUCAUCCGCGAGGCGAGGUGAUCCAUCAUGUCCAGCCCCAACGCCGAGGAAAAUGGCUCCCAGACGCUGCAGGAUCUGCGCAUGGAGGUGGAGCGACUGACGCGGGAAUUGGACCAAGUCUCGUCCGCCAGCGCCCAGUCGGCCCAAUAUGGUCUGUCGCUGCUCGAGGAGAAGUCUGCGCUGCAGCACAGGUGCGAGGAGCUGGAGACGCUCUAUGACAACACACGCCACGAACUGGACAUAACCCAGGAGGCACUGACCAAGUUCCAGACCUCACAGAAGGUGACCAACAAGACCGGCAUCGAGCAGGAGGAUGCUUUACUCAACGAGUCGGCUGCCCGGGAGACGUCCCUCAACAUGCAGAUAUUCGACCUGGAGAACGAGAUCAAGCAGCUGCGCCACGAGCUGGAGAGGGUGCGCAACGAACGCGACAGGAUGCUGCAGGAGAACUCGGACUUUGGCCGGGACAAGAGCGACAGUGAGGCGGAGCGGGUGCGCUUGAAGUCCGAGCUGAAGGACCUCAAGUUCCGCGAGACUCGGAUGCUUAGUGAGUACUCCGAGCUGGAGGAGGAGAACAUAUCGCUGCAGAAGCAGGUUUCCAACCUGCGCAGCUCACAGGUUGAAUUUGAAGGUGCCAAACACGAGAUCCGUCGUCUCACCGAGGAGGUUGAGCUGCUAAAUCAACAGGUCGAUGAGCUGGCGAAUCUGAAGAAGAUUGCCGAGAAGCAGAUGGAGGAGGCUCUAGAAGCCCUGCAGGGCGAACGUGAAGCAAAAUAUGCUCUGAAGAAGGAACUUGACGGCCACCUCAACCGAGAGUCCAUGUACCACAUCAGCAACCUGGCCUACAGCAUUCGCAGCAACAUGGAGGACAACGCCAGCAACAACUCGGACGGCGAGGAAGAUAAUCUGGCACUGAAGCGGCUGGAAGCAGACUUGACCACCGAACUAAAGUCACCCGACGGCACCAAUCUCUUCUCGGAGAUUCACCUCAACGAGCUGAAGAAGUUGGAGAAGCAGCUGGAGAGCAUGGAGAGCGAGAAGACCCAGCUGAAGACGAACCUUCGCGACGCCCAGUCUAGUCUGGACAAGUCACAAAAUGAGUUGCAGAACUUCAUGUCCCGCCUGGCCCUUUUGGCCGCCCAUGUCGACGCUCUGGUGCAGCUGAAGAAGCAGAUCGACGUCAAGGAGCAGGGCAAGGAGGACCAAAAGAGGGAGGAGCUGGAGCAGCAGCUGCGUGGUGUCAUCUCGCAGUACGCCAACUGGUUCACACUCUCCGCCAAGGAGAUCGACGGCCUUAAGACUGACAUUGCUGAGCUGCAGAAGGGUCUCAACUACACGGACGCCACCACCACCCUGCGCAACGAGGUGACCAACCUGAAGAACAAGCUCCUGUCCACGGAGCAGAAGUCGCUGGACCUGCAGAGUGACGUCGAGACUCUGACCCACAUCUCCCAGAACGCCGGCCAAAGCUUGGGAUCAGCCCGCAGCACAUUGGUGGCUCUCAGCGACGACCUGGCCCAGUUGUAUCACCUUGUCUGCAUGGUGAACGGAGAGACGCCCACGCGCGUUCUCUUGGAUCACAAGAGCGACGACAUGAGUUUCGAGAACGACUCCCUGACUGCCAUCCAAUCGCAGUUCAAGUCGGAUGUGUUUACCGCCAAGCCACAGAUCAUUCAGGACCUUCAGGGCCUGGCGGAUUCCGUGGAGAUCAAGAAGCACGUGGACACUGUCAGCGAUCAGAUCAAGCAUUUGAAGACCGCCGUAGAGCACACCAUCGACCUCAACAAGCACAAAGUGCGCUCCGAGGGCGGGGAUGCUCUGGAGAAGGUCAACACCGAGGAGAUGGAGGAGCUCCAGGAGCAGAUAGUCAAGCUGAAGAGUCUGCUGUCCGUGAAGCGCGAGCAAAUCGGAACCCUGCGCAACGUGCUCAAGUCAAACAAGCAAACCGCCGAGGUGGCCCUCACCAAUCUCAAGUCCAAGUACGAGAACGAGAAGAUCUACGUCAACGACACCAUGUCGAAGCUGCGUAAUGAGCUGCGCAGCCUGAAGGAAGAUGCAGCCACAUUCUCAAGCCUGCGUGCCAUGUUUGUCGCUCGCUGUGAGGAGUAUGUGACCCAGGUGGAUGAUCUCAACCGCCAGUUGGAGGCAGCCGAGGAGGAGAAGAAGACUCUCAACCAGCUGCUGCGCUUGGCUGUCCAGCAGAAGCUGGCUCUCACCCAGCGUCUCGAGGAGAUGGAAAUGGAUCGCGAAAUGCGCCACGCUCGCCGCCCUCUGCCCGCCCAGCGGGGAACCAGCGGUAGGUCCUCGUUCAGCACGCGACCCUCGAGCAGGAAUCCAGCCAGCAGCAACGCCAAUCCCUUCUAACAUAAGAUCAGCGUGCAGCGUAAGCUUUUGGCUUUGGUUUAUACUUUGCUUAAGUUGUAAGGUCGUUGGAGUUCUAGUGGAGAGCGAUGAGCGACAUCCAUGCCAGACAUCCCCGAACGAAGCUAUAACUAUUCAACUUUAUCCAACUACUAUCUAUACUGUAUUUGUUUGUAUUGUAUUUGUAUUUAUUGAGAGUUUAGUUAGACGAAAGUGUUGCGUUAGACAGGAAGGCAACGAGCGAUUAUUAACGGUUAGUUACUUAAACGUCCAAUUAAUUUAAUUAAACAAAGAAAGAAGAAGGAAAAUAUUAAGCAAAAAGAUUGAAACGAUAACGUAAAGAAUUGUAUUUCUUAAAAUGAAAACUACGUAAAUGAUGUAUUCGAUGACUCCUUGGUUUGAUUCGAUUUCGGUUUUGUUAACUUUCGCGUUGACUAUUUGAUUUUGUUAUCAACGCUGUGCGCAAGCGACUAAAUCGACAAGCUAAAAUGAUUAUUAAGUUGAUGUUGAACAAACGAUAUUGAUAUUGGAAACCAAAUUAUAUGUAUUAUGACCGGCCCGUCGCUGUCAAUCGGGAUUCAAAUACAGUGGUCUGCAGCCAUUGUAUCAGGUCUAUGAGUAGCAAGUGGCUACGUCUCUAAGACGAUUCUAACUGAAGAUGAUUUUUGUAUUUAUGGGCGACCCAUCGCCGCAGAUGAAGAAAAUGAUGAAAAUGUAGCGAAAUAAUUAUGAUUUGCAAUGGAGAAAAAACUUAGUUUUUUUUUGUUGGUUUAAUUAGCAAUAAUUGCCGAUAUUAACUUAUGAUUUGUGCAUUAUUAUUUAAUUCAAUUAAUAAAUUGCAACACAAGAAUAUCAAGCGAUUGAA